AUGAGUUCAUCACAAAACUCUUAUGAAAGUGCAUCAUCAGCAUUGUCCAACACUGAAGACUUAGUCAGCAAGUUGAGUUAGGGAGUGGUAGAGGUCUUGGUUAAGGGAACAAUUUGUGGAAUGGUCCAUUUGUUAGUAUUUACAGUACUAAAACAAAAAAUUCAUUACCAAUAAAGUGAGGUGAAAAAGAAUAUCAUUAUUAUUAAAAUAACAUUAUAAUUAUUUUAUUAUCAUCCAGAUGUAGAGGCUCUUGAAACCUAUUCAGAUAUAACAGCCUGUCUUGUAGAGAGUGGAAAAUGCAAGGUCAGAUUGUUCGGCUGA